UUGACAAUUAUUAGGUACAGCAUAAAUAUUUUUAGUCGUGUAAAACCGGAACCUUUCAGAUUAAUUGUGUUACCUUGUUUUUGUUCCCAGUGUAUUUCUUUUUUUUUAAACCACGUGAGAUGGUCUAACUGAAAUGUUCGAGUCUUUUUUUAAUCCACAAAUUCGUUUUCCUUCAGUUAUGUAUUCAACUCAGGAAUUGGAACUCUUUCCUGAUCGUACUGUAACUCAGUUGCUAUUCAAAGAUGUCAAAAACGCUGCAGAAUUGAGGAAAAAUGCCAUGGAAGGAAAGAUUAAUGGUGCCUUGAUAAACCCGUCUAUGAUAGUGAACCCCUUCCAAGUGCUAGUGGCAGCAAACAAGGCAGUUCAUUUACAUAGUACUGGAAAAAUGAAGACAAGGAGUUUAUAUUCCGAAAUCAUCUACAACCUUUCACCCACUAAUAAUAUUUCAGAGGCCUUCAAGAGGUUUGGGAUGUCAGACAGUGACAGUGCUGUUCUCAUAGUUCUAGUCCAUCUCAAAGAGGAGACGCAGCACAUGACUGACAUCAUUGCCAAGGUGGAUGGACAACAGAUCCCAGUUGAAGAUGUCUCCAUGUUGACCGACCCUGCUAAGGUCAAAAAGCUGUACAAAACCACACCCCAGGAGGAUACGUGUCUACUGGAUGCUGUUGUCUGCAGGAUGGCAACCAAAGAUGUCAUGUAGCUCAGCAAGAAGACGUGGCAGCAAAUGGAACCCUUCCUGUUAUGUCAUUUGUUGUUGUUGUUGUUGAGCGUUUCAUAUUGAUGUUGUUGCACAAUGUCAUAAAUCAAAUGUUUUCCUCCUCGAAUAUGUUAUUAAACAUGUUUUAUUUUUA